AUGAACACAUCGGUCAUUGUGUUCCAGCACGACGAAGAACCCAGUUCUAGCUCAAAAUGCGUCACUAUCACGUCUGCCUGGCAUGACCUGGAUAAUACGGAAUUCGACUGCUGGCCAAAUGAUCAACCCAAUGAACAGAAUAUGAUUGACUGUAUGGGGUUGGAGAUGGCCUGGGUUAAGAAGCCUCCUGAGAAGGUCAUUACCGGGCAGGAGUUUAAUGUUACCUACUCAGUGUCUGUACCUGACAGUUUUUACCAGAAGGCCAUAGCACAAAAAAUUCUUAAAUUCAGCAGUAUGUAUAUAUUUUUUAGUAAUGCCAGUGAAGCUAAAAGGUUUUGUGAGGAAGUUGAAUGUCCAGAGGACUGGAGGUACGCCACUGCCGAAAACUGCUGCAUCUACCAUGCAAAUAUCCACUCCUGCCCGCUGGCCUAUAUGAAGCAGCGUGGGAUCUGUGGCCCGUGGAUCCCUGAUGAUGGUAAAAUAGUGACACACACCGUGUCACAGGCAGGGAAAAUGACCCAGAUGAACUGGACGGCUAAGGUCGUUUUGGAUCACCUUGGCGUCACCUCAAUGAUCGCUCACAUCAAAGUUGGAACUUUUCAGGUUGCUUUAGAAGCCGAGUCCAUUGUGCUCAGUGGCAAAGUGUGCGGGGAUGACGUCUGCAGUCAGGAUGAGAGCUGCGCCCUGUGCCCUGCCGAUUGUGGCCCAUGCCCAAUGUCAACCACGGUGAAAAUCGCCAUUGUACUCCCCCUGACUCUGUUCUGCAGCGGCUUCAUCUUCGCGAUAGUGUGGUUCCAGUAUCAAAAACAGAAGAUGCUUUGGGAUGAGAGUUGGAUUCUGACCGUGAAGGACUUACCUGGAGACGAGGUUUGGAAUGAGCUGGGCAGCACCAUCAGCCUGAGACACAACAACAUAGCACCAGGUCAUCGGAUGGAGCAACUGGCAAACACGGUCUUCAUAUGUGGCUCGUCUACAGAAAACGUCAUGCAGACAGGGAUCUAUCUACACGGCAAAGCUGAAAAGAAGCUGGAUCACCAGAAUCUAUGUAAGUUCAUGGGAGGAUCAGUGGAAGGAAACAUCUUCAUCAUCACAGAAUAUUGUCCAAAGGGAAGCCUGGCUGAUGUUCUACUGAAUGAUGAUGUUCCUCUAAAUUGGGGGUUUAGACUUUCCUUUGCCACGGACAUAGCACGAGGAAUGGCUUAUCUGCACCACCAUAAAAUGUACCACGGGAGACUGACAUCACGUAACUGUGUCAUAGAUGAUCGAUGGGUUUGCAAGGUCUCAGAUUAUGGUUUGAUGGUUUAUAGACAAGAUGAAUAUAAGGAAUUAAUGGAGAAAAAGCCUGUACAUAUCUACUGCGCCCCAGAGGUUAUUCAGAAUGACAGCUCUUGCGUCCUGCCAACCCCUGCCGCCGACAUAUACAGUUACGCCAUUGUGCUCGUUGAAAUUGCCAGCCGCUGCGAUACCUUCCAAGGAGAUGCUUACCUAAAAGAUGUGACAUGGAGACCAGAGAUACCGGAUCUGAGUGUGGGCAAAUCUGACCACGACUGCCCCAACCAGGAAGAUUAUUCAGAGCUGAUACAGAAGUGCUGGGCCCACAACCCCUUGCUGCGCCCCCCGUUUGAGCAGAUUAAGAAGAAUUUAGAGAAAAUGAAUCCUCAGAGGGUUAGUCCGGUGGACAUGAUGAUGAAUCUGAUGGAGAAGUACAGUAAACAUCUGGAGGCCAUUGUAGCUGAGAGGACUCAGGACCUCUUACAAGAAAAGCAAAAGACUGACCGUCUGCUGUACAGUAUGCUCCCCAAACCUGUAGCGGACGAUCUGCGCCAAGGCCUGACCCGUGAAGCUCAGAGUUACUCCAAUGCUACCGUCUAUUUCAGUGAUAUCGUGGGUUUCACGUCACUGUCUGGGGCGAGCACACCGCACCAAGUAGUCAAUUUCCUAAAUAAGUUGUACACCAAGUUUGAUGACAUCAUUGACAAUUAUGAUGUGUACAAGGUGGAAACCAUUGGAGAUGCCUAUAUGGUGGUGUCUGGUGUACCAAAGGAAAAUGGCAUAAACCAUGUGGCAGAGAUCGCAAGCAUGGCUCUAGACUUGGUUGCUGUUUGCCAUUCCUUCAAGAUUCCACAUAUACCAGCUGCUAAGCUGAAGAUCCGAGCAGGAAUACAUUCAGGUCCUGUUGUGGCCGGAGUAGUUGGGACUAAAAUGCCACGUUACUGCUUAUUCGGAGACACUGUGAACACGGCUUCAAGAAUGGAGUCUACCAGCGAAGCCUUAAAAAUUCAGUGCAGCUCCAGCGCCGCUGAACUACUGAAGAAAAUUGGUGGCUACACUCUCAUAUGCCGAGGCACACUGGAUGUAAAGGGAAAAGGAACAAUGACAACAUGGUGGCUGGAGGGGAAAGAAAAGUCUGGAAGCUGGAAUAUCCAAUAA